UGGAUCUGAUGGAAAUAAAGGAAAUUCGCCCAGGAAAGAACUCAAAAGACUUUGAGCGUUGCAAAGCAAAGCAAAAAGAACAACACUGCUUUACUAUUUUUUAUGGUACCCAGUUUGUCCUCAACACCUUAAGUUUAGCAGCUGAUUCUAAAGAUGAUGCUGAUAAAUGGCUUUGUGGCUUGAAUAUCUUGUAUCAAGAGGUCAUGUGUGCUUCCACACCGGCAAUCACGGAGAGCUGGCUGAGAAAGCAGAUCUAUUCUGUUGAUCAAACUAGAAGAAAUAGUAUCAGUCUUAGAGAGCUGAAAACUGUCCUUCCCCAAGUAAAUUUCAAAGUGAGCAGCAUGAAGUUCUUGAAGGAUAAAUUUGCGGAAAUAGGUGCUCACAAGGAAGAACUUAGUUUUGAACAACUUCAUUUGUUCUACAAGAAAAUCAUGUUUGAACAACAGAAAUCGAUUCUUGAUGAAUUCAAAAAGGAUUCCUCUGUGUUCAUUCUUGGAAACACUGACCGUCCAGAUGCUUCCGCAGUUCAUCUCCACGACUUUCAGAGAUUCCUGCUCCAUGAGCAGCAGGAGUCUUGGGCCCAAGACGUCAGUAAAGUCCGAGAUUCCUGCUUUAAUUGGUCUCUCUUUGUAUUUUAGUUUCUCACCUACCUUUUUGCAAAAGAGAACAGUAUUUGGGAUGAGAAAUAUGAAUCAAUAGAUGCGCAGGAUAUGAAUAAUCCCUUGUCCCACUACUGGAUCUCUUCCUCUCAUAACACAUACCUGACAGGAGAUCAGCUUCGAAGUGAAUCCUCCACAGAAGCUUAUAUCAGGUGCCUGAGAAUGGGAUGUCGAUGUAUUGAGUUGGAUUGCUGGGAUGGUCCAGAUGGGAAACCAAUCAUAUAUCAUGGAUGGACACGGACAACAAAGAUCAAAUUUGAUGAUGUAGUGCAGGCAAUAAAAGACCAUGCUUUUGUUGCAUCUGAGUACCCCGUCAUUCUGUCAAUUGAAGAGCACUGCAGUGUGGAACAGCAGCGACACAUGGCCAAAGUGUUCAAGGAGGUAUUUGGGGAUCAGCUUUUAACAAAACCCGUCGAAGCCAGUGCAGAUCAGUUGCCAUCACCAACCCAGCUGAAAGAAAAAAUCAUCAUCAAGCAUAAAAAAUUGGGUCCAAAAGGAGACAUUGAUGUGAACCUGGAAGAUAAGAAAGAAGAAAAGAAACAACAAGGAGAACUUUACAUGUGGGACACAAUAGAACAGAAAUGGACUCGGCACUACUGUGCUAUUGCAGAUGAAAAGCUUUCAUUCAGUGAUGACAUUGAACAGAAUGUUGAUGAAGAUUCUUCAAAGGAGGUAAAACGCACUGAACUGCACUUGAAAGAGAAGUGGUUCCAUGGGAAAAUGAAAGAGGGGAGAACAACUGCUGAAAGGCUGCUCCAGGAAUAUUGUGCUGAAACGGGUGGCCAGGAUGGAACAUUCCUGGUUAGAGAAAGUGAAGCUUUUCCUAAUGAUUGCACCUUGUCCUUCUGGAGGUCAGGGAGAGUCCAGCAUUGCCGUAUUCGUUCUUCAGGCGAUGGAGACAAUGUGAAAUACUACCUGACAGACAACCUCACUUUUGAUAGUAUCUAUGAUCUCAUUCAACACUACAAGGAGGCCCACCUCCGAUGUGCCGAGUUUGAACUGCGCCUGACCGAUGCUGUGCCAAACCCCAGCCCUCAUGAGACUAAAGACUGGUAUUAUAGUAACCUGAGUCGGGGAGAGGCAGAAGACAUGUUGAUGCGAAUUCCUCGAGACGGUGCUUUUCUGAUUAGAAAAAGGGACGAACCAGAUUCGUUUGCCAUGACUUUCAGAGCUGAGGGGAAAGUGAAGCACUUCCGAAUUCAGCAAGAAGGCCGCCACUUUGUGCUUGGAACCUCAGCCUAUUUUGAAAGUUUGGUGGAGCUGGUGACGUACUAUGAGAAGCAUCCGCUCUACAGGAAGAUGAAACUGCGCUACCCGGUGACGGAGGAGCUACUGGAGCGCUACAGCACGGAAAAAGAUAUUAAUUCUCUCUAUGAUGUCAAGAUGUACGUGGAACCCAGUGAAAUCACCCCUACAGUGCCCCAGAGAACAGUGAAAGCCUUAUACGACUACAGAGCCAAAAGAAGUGAUGAACUGAGCUUCUGCCGAGGGGCUCUAAUUCAUAAUGUCACCAAGGAAACUGGAGGCUGGUGGAAGGGCGAUUAUGGAGAAAAAGUACAACAUUAUUUUCCAUCAAAUUAUGUUGAAGACAUGGCAUCUGCUAAUUCUGCUGAGCUUGAAAGCCAGAUUAUUGAGGACAAUCCAUUAGGCUCUCUGUGUCGUGGAAUACUGGUGCUCAAUAUGUACAAUGUUGUAAAAAUGCCACAAGGGAAACACCAAAAGCCUUUUGUCUUCAUUCUGGAACCCAAGAAUCCAGAAGAUCCAGCUGUUGAGUUUGCAACUGAUAAAGUAGAAGAACUAUUUGAGUGGUACCAAGGUAUUCGUGAGAUUACAUGGAAAACUGCGGAAGAGGAGAACAGGAGGAAGUACUGGGAAAAGAAUCAAUUAAUCGCUAUUGAACUAUCUGAUUUGGUAAACUACUGCAAGCCAACAAGCAAAACCAAGGACAAUUUAGAAAAUCCUGAUUUCAAAGAAAUCCGUUCUUUUGUGGAAACCAAGGCAGAAAGCAUUGUUAAGCAAAAACCUGUUGAGUUGUUGAAAUACAACCAAAAGGGAUUGACACGUGUCUACCCUAAAGGACAGAGAGUUGACUCAUCUAACUAUGACCCGUUUCGCCUCUGGCUUUGUGGUUCCCAGAUGGUGGCUCUGAACUUCCAAACUCCAGAUAAAUACAUGCAAUUGAACCAUGCCUUGUUUUCGCUUAAUGGACGAACUGGCUAUGUUCUGCAGCCAGAGAGCAUGAGAAAUGAAGAAUACGACCCCAUGCCAAAUGAAUCGAGGAGGAAAUUGCAGAUGAUUAUGACAGUGAGGGUUUUAGGGGCUCGUCAUCUUCCUAAGCCUGGCAGAAGUAUUGCUUGUCCCUUUGUAGAGGUAGAAAUUUAUGGGGCUGAAUACGAUAAUAACAAAUUCAAGACAACAGUUGUGAAUGACAAUGGCCUUAAUCCUGUCUGGGUACCCUGUCCAGAACAGGUGAAAUUUGAAAUUUAUGAUCCAAAUCUGGCGUUUCUGCGCUUUGUUGUUUAUGAGGAAGAUAUGUUCAGUGAUCCCAAUUUCCUAGCACAUGCCACUUUUCCCAUCAAAGGAAUCAAAUCAGGUUUUAGAUCUGUCCCUCUCAAGAAUGGCUAUAGUGAAGAUAUAGAGCUGGCCUCACUUCUGGUACACUGUGAAAUGCAACAAGUUCUGGAAAGUGAAGAAGAGCUUUAUUCCUCAUGUCGGCAACUUCGAAAGCGCCAAGAGGAACUUAAUAACCAGCUGUUCCUUUAUGACACCCAUCUGAAUUUAAGGAAUCCAAACAGAGACGCUAUAUUAAAAGAAUUCAAUGUAAAUGAUCACAAAUUACAGAUAUACCAAGAGACGUGCAACCGAAGAUUAAAGGAGAAGAAAGUCAGCAAUAGCAAAUUCUACUCUUAGAGCAAUCGCUUUUUGAGCAUGUUUUAUGGAGCAAUUCGGGAAGAGACACUGAUUUGUCCUGGAUACCCUACUCAAUGAAGGUCUCAGCAGGAUGAAUGAAUAGAAGAGGAGGAAGAUGGGUUUCCUUAAUAAUUUCUUGUU